GCAAAUAGCCUACAAUUAGCAUGCCCUAAUCACAACAAUGAACUUUGACUGAACACAUUUUAAAUUAUGAAAUUCCAAGGCGUAGGCCUAUAUACUCCCUAUUAUUAACAAUUAAUGGGGGGUUUGGAAUUGCAGCCGCUGGGAGCGGGGCUGUAGGUGGAGUGGGCAGAGAGAGGGGCAGCAGACAGCUCUGCGCGCUCAACUCUCUUCCGCGGUGAGCUGCACUGGGAAAAUGAAGCACGACUCUUAUUGCGUCACUCUGUGUUUGGAUUUUGAGCAGGAAACAGCAUUUCCUCUUAGAUUGUCGCAGUAGGAACAAACACAUUAUUUUGUCCUUACUCAAUGCACCCCUCCGCACAGAACACGCGGAAACCGGCCAGAAGGAAAAAUGCCUCCUUCGGAGAAGAUAGCAGUUCUGAUUCUCGGCGUUCUGGUGCUGGAAUCGCCCUGGAAUGCCCAUCACAUCCCGUGCCUUGCCAGCGCGCUACAGAUCCAACAGGCGUUCGCCUCUCAAAACCAGACAAAUAACUUUGUGGUGGAUGAGGUUAGCAGAAAAGUCUACCUGGCUACGGUAAACACCGUGUACCAGCUUAACGGGACCCUGAGCGUAGAAGUGGAGAAGAGAACGGGGCCGGUGGAGGACAACCUGUUGUGCCAUGCGCCGCAGCUGCCCCAGGCGCCCUGCGAGCACCCCAAAUCCCUCACCGAUAACUUCAACAAGCUACUCGAGCUGGACAGGGAGCAGGGGGUGCUGGUGGUAUGCGGCUCGGUGUACCAGGGCUUUUGUGAGCUCAGGAAGAUGGAAAACAUAUCGGAGAUAGCCGUGGAGUUCCCCCCUCAUGGCGAGAAGACCGUGUUCCCCAGCAUGCUGAACAUCGCCGCCAACCACCCUAACGCCUCCACCGUGGGGCUCAUCUUCAGGAGCCACGGGGGUAACACCCGGCUCCUCGUCGGGGCCACUUACACUGGCGCUGGGACCCAGUUUUUCCCCAAGAACCACAGCAAGGAGGACCUGCGCUUCGAGAACACACCCGAAAUCGCCAUUCGGUCCCUGAACAUCAAUGAUUUAUCCAGGCUGUUCACCUAUGACAUCAACCCGUCCGAGGACAACGUCUUCAAGAUAAAACAGGAGGUGAAGCAGAAGAAUAAACUAAACUUCGUUCAUGCCUUCAUUCAGAAGACCUACGCUUAUAUUGCUAUCAACAAUGACGCGAAUAUGGGCCACAAGCAGAGCCAGCCGAACAGCAUCCUUGCAAGGAUAUGCCUGGACACUGAGAACACACGAAAAUCCACCUCGGAAAGCCGAAAGCUCACUGAGUCCUUCAUCCAGAUGCCGCUUCAGUGUGGAUAUAACGGAAACAUCUACAACCGGCUGGUCUCCGUUCAACCCGCGGAGAUCCACUCGGGAAGCGGAGAGGGGCUGGAGUCGCACCUUUUCGGAGUGUUCACCAAAUCAGACAGAAAGUCUGCCCUGUGUGYGUUUCGGUUCUCAGAUAUCGAGGAGGAGAUCCGUCAGGGCCGGAGGAACUGCUCCAACUCCCCCAGCAGCGAUGUGCAGGUGCUGGACAGCGUCAUCCAGGGUUCGGGCGCAGCAUGCGUACAGAAAGGGAACCUGGUGCUGCAACCGGAGCAACUGGACUGUGGAGCGGCCCACCUGCAGCACCCGCUGGCCCUACGGAGGCCCCUGAGGGCCACGCCCCUGUUUGAGUCCCUGGGCCUCAGCUCGGUUGCUGUGGACAACAUACACAACCAUACCGUGGUGUUUCUGGGCACCAGCACUGGACGACUGCGCAAGCUGACCCUCCUGAAGAACCUGACUGUGGCCAAUCAGUGGGCUCUGAAGCUCCCAGCUGGCGAAUCAGUGCACCACAUCAUGACCUUUGACCCCAUGGACAGGAACUACCUGUACCUCAUGACCUCUCACCAUCUCCUGAGGGUGAAGGUAGCAGCAUGUGGCCAGUACAGAUCCUGCAGUGACUGUUUGGGUGCCGGCGACGCCCACUGUGGCUGGUGCACGCUAGAGAGCAGGUGUUCCAUCCAGAGGGAGUGUUCCGGGGGGCUGAUGGUGCGCUCCUGGAUCGGAAUGGGUGAGGGUCCCCAGCAGUGCCCCUCCAUGACCCUCACCCCCCAAGAGAUCAGCCUUUCGGCUGACAUCAAGGAUGUGGGGAUUCUGAUAAACGGCAGUGUCCCUGAUCUGGUUGGUUCCCGGGUAGAGUGUGACUACGGAUUGGGCGUUGCCACUGUAGCCACUGUGCACCUGGACUAUGGCUCCGCCCAGAUUCAGACCUGCCCCCUCCUGCCCCGGGAGAGGUACCCCCACAUCCCCCCUGGCAGAGAUCACCUGAUGGUUCCUGUGGCGAUUAAGGUGAAUGGCACGUCUGUGGUUUCUGGGACCUUCCUCAUCUAUGAUUGCGAGAGGACAGGAGCGAUACACCCCAAGACUGCGUGUAUCAGCUGUCUAAGCACCAGGUGGAGAUGUUACUGGGACCAAAACAGCCACUCUUGCCUCUCCACUAAAGACGACUCCAAACCCAGCCUGCUAGAGAAUUCUGCUUCCUGUCCAAGCCUUGUGGCCAAGGAUGUUCCACCAUCACCCUCAGGGAUAACCCAAGACUUCACCCUGUCGCUAAGCAACGUGGAGCAGCAGGAGGAGCUUGAGUGUGACUUUGGGAGUGAGCAGCGGUACGAGGCUCGAUGGCUGAACAGUGUCUCAGAGGUCAAGUGCAGUGGAGUGAUGCUUACCACAGCGGAGAGGAGUCAGGUGUUUCAGCUCAGCCUGCGGAGAAAGGGACACCUGGACAAGUACAUUGACAGCCCUAAACCCAUGACCGUGGAGGUGUACAACUGUGGGGUCGGCAGUGGGGAUUGUUCCCAGUGUUGGGGACGUGAGGACCAGGGUCAUCUGUGUGGCUGGUGUGACAAUAUCUGUAGAACCAGGGAUGACUGCCAGUAUAUGAGUAGUCAGUGUCCUGACCCCGAGAUCACCAAGAUCUCCCCCCUGAGUGGACCGUUGGAGGGGGGCACCCUGCUCACGGUGCAAGGCAGGAACAUGGGCCGCAGGGCUGACGUGGUGAAGGUCUCCAUCGGGAUGGUUCCAUGUAAAAUCCUGCCUUACCAAUACACUGUCUCUGUACAGCUGGUGUGUGUUACUGGGCAGACCUUUGAUCCCACAAAUGAUGUCGUCAGAGUUACCGUGAACCAGAAUGCAAUGGGGGUGUCCAAAGAGGUCUUCUCAUACUUGGUCCCCAAGCUGCUGUCUAUGGAGCCUAGGAAAGGCUCUCGUUCAGGGGGAACCAGGGUGACCAUCAGGGGGGAGCACCUGGACACUGGCUCUCAGGUCAGAGUCAAGGUCAACGGCACCCAGGACUGCACCAUACUCACGCUAACCAAAGACACCAUCGAGUGCACCAUACCUGCGGCCCUGCACGCACACACUGAGGCGGUGUCGGUGUGUGUGGAGUUUGAGGACAUUCCCUGUCAGAGCUCUGAGCUUCUCACCCAGUACAUCUAUGAGAAAAACCCCACCAUCAGCUACAUCAAACCCAGGAAGAGCUACCUCAGUGGCGGUCGGACCAUCACAGUGACGGGGCAAGGUUUUGACCUGGUACAGAGCGUCACUAUGGAGGUGCUGGGCAUCGGACAGGAUGCCUGUAAAGUGCAGUCUCCCUCCAUGAUCACAUGCUCCUCCCCCGCCUCCAGCCAAUCCCAGCAGGCCACGGUAGAGUUCUUGCUGAAUGGAGUUCUCUACACAGGAGAUGGCCCCGCCUUUGACGGCCCAGACCAGGAGGAAGAGGAGGAGCCUCACGGAGGUCACUUCCUGUUGGAGUAUGUGGAAGAUCCUCAGUUCUUCACCGCCAACAAAGAGAAGCUGAUCAAACACCACCCUGGAGAACCACUCACACUCAUCAUCAAUAAAGGACCAAGCGAUCUGGAGCUGGCGCCAGAGGAAUACUCAGUGAUGAUUGGCUCCUAUCCCUGUGACAUCAGCUUCCAUAACAACCAGCUGUUCCACUGUACCAUCAACGGUUCGCUGGGCUCCAGUGAGGGAGAACUGCCUGUCACAGUGCGGGUGGGUAACUUCCAGAGGAUCAUAGCCAAGGUGCAGCUGGGAGGUAGUGAGCUGGCCAUUGUGGUGUCCAUCGUGGUGUGCUGCGUUCUGCUGCUGCUGUGCACUGUGGCUCUAGUGGUGUACUGUACUAAGAGCCGGAGGGCGGAGCGCUACUGGCAGAAGACUCUGCUGCAGAUGGAGGAGAUGGAGUCCCAGAUCAGAGAUGAGAUCCGCAAAGGCUUUGCAGAGCUACAGACAGACAUGACAGACCUGACCAAGGAGCUGAACCGCAGCCAGGGAAUCCCCUUCCUGGAGUACAAACAGUUUGUCACACGCACCUUCUUCCCCAAGAUGUGUUCGGACUAUGAGAGGAGUCUGGUCCAGCCCGUCUAUGAGAACGACGCCCUCGGUCCACGAGCCCUCCCUGAGACACACCCCCUUCUGCAAGACUGGCAGCCCUCUAACACAGCCAAGCCUAACAUGGAGGAGGGAAUCACUCUCUUCUCAACUCUUCUCAACAACAAGCACUUCCUGGUUACCUUUGUUCAUGCACUGGAGCAACAGAAGGACUUUGCAAUACGCGACAGGUGUAGCCUGGCAUCCCUGCUCACUAUUGCCCUCCAUGGUAAGCUGGAGUACUACACCAGCAUUAUGAAGGAUCUGCUGGUGGAUCUGAUCGAUGCCUCGGCCGCCAAGAACCCCAAGCUGAUGCUGCGACGGACAGAGUCUGUUGUGGAGAAGAUGCUAACCAACUGGAUGUCCAUCUGCAUGUACAGCUACCUCAAGGAGACAGUGGGCGAGCCCUUCUUCCUGCUGCUUUGUGCCAUCAGGCAGCAGAUCAACAAGGGUUCUAUAGACGCCAUCACAGGGAAGGCCCGGUACACACUGAACGAGGAGUGGCUGCUCAGAGAGAACGUUGAGGCCAAGCCACAGAACAUCAACGUGUCGUUCCAGGGAUGUGGUAUGGAUUCCUGCGUAAAGGUUGUGAACACAGACACCAUCAGUCAGGUGAAGGAGAAGAUUCUAGAGGCCUUCUAUAAGAACCUGCCUUUCUCCCCAGUGCCCCGGGAGAGGACGUAGACC